UACAUUGAAAUAUUUGAACAACCCAGGCAAAGGGGUAUGCGUUUCAGAUAUAAAUGCGAGGGAAGAUCAGCAGGCAGCAUUCCAGGAGAACACAGUACUGAAAACAAUAAGACCUUCCCUUCCAUACAGAUUCUGAACUAUUUUGGAAAAGUCAAAAUAAGAACUACAUUGGUAACGAAAAAUGAACCCCCAAAAAAGCCACACCCUCAUGAUCUGGUUGGAAAAGACUGCAGAGAUGGCUACUACGAAGCAGAAUUUGGGCCAGAACGGCGAGUCUUGUCUUUUCAGAAUUUGGGUAUUCAGUGUGUAAAGAAGAAAGACCUCAAGGAAUCCAUUUCUUUACGAAUCUCAAAGAAGAUUAACCCUUUCAAUGUGCCUGAAGAACAGCUGCACAACAUCGAUGAGUAUGAUCUCAACGUCGUCCGCCUCUGCUUCCAAGCUUUCCUCCCCGACGAACACGGCAACUACACGUUAGCUCUUCCUCCUUUGAUUUCCAACCCGAUCUAUGACAACAGAGCUCCCAACACUGCAGAAUUGAGAAUCUGUCGUGUGAACAAGAACUGUGGAAGUGUGAAAGGAGGAGAUGAAAUAUUUCUACUGUGUGACAAAGUUCAGAAAGAUGACAUAGAAGUCAGAUUUGUCUUGGACAACUGGGAAGCCAAAGGUUCCUUCUCACAAGCUGACGUUCACCGUCAAGUUGCGAUAGUGUUCAGAACGCCUCCAUUUCUCAAAGACAUCACUGAGCCUGUCACGGUGAAGAUGCAGCUGCGAAGACCUUCUGACCAGGAAGUCAGUGAACCUAUGGAUUUCAGAUAUCUACCAGAUGAAAAGGAUCCGUAUGGCAACAAAGCAAAAAGGCAAAGAUCAACAUUGGCUUGGCAAAAGCUCAUACAGGACUGUGGAUCAAAUGUGACAGAGAGGCCCAAAGUAGCUCCAUUCCCCACUGUCACCCCUGAAGGGAAGCUCAUUAAGAAAGAACCAAACAUGUUUUCGCCUGUGCUGAUGAUGCCAGGGUUAGGAACCUACCCUGUCUGCAACCAGAUUACCCAUCCGCCCGCGCAGGUGGGGCCAGGGAAGCAGGACGUGCUCACCCCGUGCUGGCAGCAGCUGUACAGCACCCCCUCUUCAGCUGGCAGCCUGCUCAGUGUGCACCCCCAGAACAGCUUUGCGGCAGAUGUGGUUCAGCCUGCUGCUCAGGGCAGCAGCUCCCACACACCUUUCCACGACAACCCUCUGGACUGGCCUGAUGAGAAGGAUUCGAGCUUCUACCGGAAUUUUGGCAGCACAAACGGGCUGGGAGAAGUGGUGACAUCAACCGCAGACAUACAGAGCGUUUCCACUAACAGCAUCGUGCAGCAGGCCCAUCCUGCCAGCGUCUCCACGGCCAGCAUCAUCAGCAUGGAGACCGAUGACAUGAACUGCACCAGUAUAAACUUCAAGUAUAACCCAGUGUUAAACACAAGCAAUCACAGGCAGCAGCUCCACCAGCUGCCACCAGCUUGCCCAUCGGUAGCCCCGGGCAGCACGCCUUUUAACUCGCAGUCUAACUUAGCUGAUCCGGCAGUUUACAGUUUUCUAGACCAAGAAGUUUUAGGUGAAUCAAGACUGCCCACCAACCCCAUCCCAAACCAUCAGAAUAGCAUUGCAGAUAACCAGUACUAUGCCGGCGGCAGUGUCAACACUGAUGAGCUCUAUCAGUCUUUCCAAUUUGAUAGCAUAUUACAGAGCUAUAACCAUUGA